UUCCAAUGUGCAUUUGAUAUUUUAAAUUUACGCGCCUGAACUAUCGUCGAUAAUAAUAUCGAAAACGUAAACCACUGGAAAAUUGUUAUCGAUGACCUGUUACCAUCACAAAACUGCUGCUGCCGAGACACGUCUUUUGCUACCAUUGGCCAAGCUGUUUUUGUGAGCUGCGUACCACACCGAAAGUUAACAGGCUCAUACAUGUGUUAACAUUGCGUUAACAGGCGAAUGUUUUUUACAUCAGACUGUCUUUUGUCUUUUCUUUGUGAAAAUUAGUAGUACUUUAGUUUAAUUCGAAAUACUAAUUAAAUACACUAAUGUCGGACAACCAGGACAAAGAAGAAACAUUGGCCAGUUUCCAGAUCAUAACUGGAAUAGAGGAUGUUGGUGAGGCCUUCUCCCAUCUGGAGUCAUCCAAUUGGGAUCUAGUGGAGGCACUCAGCCGUGUCAUGCCACACGAUGAUGCGCCACUGGCCAAUCCCAUACACACUCCAGAGCCCCCAGCACCAGAUCCAGUGGCCGUGGCAGUCGCCUCUGCGCCAUCAAAUUCCAAUGGCUUCAGGUCAUUUAAUUUCGACGAGCUGCCCGGACCCUCGCAGGGUGCCCGCCUGUUUCCAACCUCUCAACUGCUGGCCCAGCUGACAUCGAGCAUCAACUUGGAUCCACCCAGGCAGAAUAAUAACCAAAAUAUCCUAACAUUCAAUAUACACUUCAACCAACAACUCUAUAAAAUUUGCAUGCAGCCAAACGCAACCAUAGAACAAUUGAAACGCAAGAUCUUUGAUGUGACCGAUGUGCCACAAUGCCGUCAAACUUUACGCGGCUGGCCGCCGUCCAGAGCAAGCGAUGCACAAAUACCAGAGACCCAGUUAGGCAAUUUAGAUUUACCACCCGUCAGCGAGCUCAUACUUGUUGAUAUAACCGAUGAUGGUUUCAUGGACACCGAGCAAGAUGAGGUAACACAGCGGUUGGAUAAGAUGUACAAACUGCAUAUUGUGGAAGAGGGCGGCACAGAGGCACGCAGGCUCACACUUAAUUUCCCAGGACGCACCACCAUUCAAGAACUGAAAACGAAUGUUUACUACAUUACCAGUAUACCAGUUAGGCAUCAGGAAUGGUCCGGCUGGCCGAGCGGUUGUGAUAAUGAUACCAAUUUAGCGCAAUCGGGCAUUGAGCAAACGCACGAUUUUGUAAUGCGCAACAUUGCGGAUCGGACGUCAAAUAAUUCCAAUUUGCUGGCCAACACGGAAAUCGUAACCCUCGACAGCGAGAGUUCAGCUGAUGAGUUUGAGGACGCCACAGACUUCAAUAAUUCGGAAUACAUAUUCUCAGAUUCGCCGCCAGUGCAACCGCUCAACAGACAUCUAAUACCCAACAACACGAACGAUGAGACAAGUGGUUCCUCACAAUUUGUGGAUAAUUACAAACAACGUUUCGGCGAUCCACAUCCCGAGUUUUAUGUGGGCAGUUUAGAGAACGCAUUGCGAUUGGCCUGUCACAAGCCCGCCAAGGAGCGGAAAUUGUUGGCCAUCUAUUUACAUCACGGCGAGAGCAUACUCACAAAUGUAUUCUGUGAUCAUCUCAUGAAGGACGAGGCCAUCAUACAAACAUUCAAAGAGAACUUUGUGCUAUAUGGCUGGGACAUGACGUACGAGAGCAACAAAGAUAUGUUUCUGUCCUCGUUGACGGCCUGCAUCAAUAGCAAUGCUUCCCUAACGGCCAGAAAUAUUAAACUUGACAAGCUGCCCGCCCUAAUGCUAGUUGGCAAGAGCCGUCUUAUGGGCCGACAAACGUGCGAGGUCUUAUCUGUGAUUCAUGGCAACAUUGGUCUGGGGGAUUUGCAAUCGCGUCUGAUUGAGACAACGGUCAUGUAUGAGGAGCAGCUGCAGGGCGAGAUACGUGAGGAGAAUGAGCGGGCUGCACGCGAUCAGGUGAAGGCUGAGCAGGAUAUGGCAUAUGAGGAGACACUACAAGCGGAUAUGGCCAAAGAGGCAGCUAAACGCCAAAAGGAGGCCGCACAGGCAGCCGAACGUAAACGCAUUGAAUCUGAACAGGCCGAAGAAGAUGCUAGACGCGAGUCCAUAAGAUUAGUGGCUACACAAUCGUUACCUCUGGAGCCUGCCGAGCAAGAAGCAAACAUUUCCAAAAUACGCGUUCGCAAGCCAACUGGAGACUUUUUGGAGCGUCGAUUUUUCACGCGGGAUACUCUGCAGGAUCUGUUGAACUUUGUAACCGCCAACGGUUUUUUGAUCGACGAGUACAAGGUUAUUAGCAGUUGGCCGAGACGCGAUUUAACAUCCAUAGACGCUGGUCAAACGCUGGAAACGCUCAAACUAUAUCCGCAGGAAACGGUUAUAUUGGAGGAGCGAUUUUGAUUUUGAUUAUGCUUAUGAUAUAACUAAUUCUGAUUCUGUUCGUUUUGAGUUUUUAAGCGUUCGUUUACAUUAUUGGGUUUAAGUUUUGCAUUAAUAAGUGAAAAAAAUUAGUCUUGUAUUUUUAUGUUAAUUUUAAAUAGUGGAAGAAACAAAAACAACAACAGCAAGAAAUCAGUUGAGAAAACCUAAAAACAAAAAUCAAAUGAAAUAAGCAUAUUUAGCAUCAUCUAGAAGAGCUGCAAAUUAAGAGCGAAAGUUUUUUACAACUAUAAUAAUAUAAAGUAAUAAAAACUCAAAAUAAAAGAAGCAGCAAUAGUAGCACAAGCUGCAAGUAUAUGUAUGUAUGUUGCCCCUCGCGAUCCCCCUAUCUACCUACACCCCUCACCCACACACCCAAAUACACACUCAACAUCUCUCUCUAAAUAGAGUUAGCGUUAGAUAAGCAUUGAAGAAAACGCAUUUAAGUUGGCUUGUUUUACAUUAUCAAUAAUAAAUUAUAUAACAUGUACUGAAA